UGGGGCUGCGCAGCGCACGAUGGAGGCUCGCCUUGCCAAUUUCUUCCGCCUUGCCUAAUCUGAAGGUAUGUACCACUCCUGGUGUGGUUUAUAAACCCAGCUUCUGAAAAGGAGGAUUCUGUGGCUCAGCAAGUGGCCCUAGCAGGGGGUGUAUCCCUGGAGUCACAUCCAAGGGGAGAAGACACUUGCAGGAGCAGUGAAGGGAUGCAAAGUUGUCUUCCAAGAUGACUCUUAUGCCUGGAGAAAAUUCCGACUAUGACUAUAGUGCCCUGAGCUGUACUUCAGAUGCUUCCUUCAACCACACGUUCUUUCCAGAAUCUGAAACCCUCAAGGGAGUGUUUUACCAAAGAGCCAGGCUAAUCCACCCUCAGGAGGAUCUCCUCAAAGGCUUCCACCCCGACGACCGCAAGCGUCACAUAAUUAUCAACGUGGGGGGCAUCAAGUACCUGCUCCCCUGGACCACGCUGGAUGAGUUCCCCCUGACACGUUUGGGACAGCUCAAGUUCUGCACUAAUUUUGACGACAUUCUGAACAUCUGUGACGAUUAUGAUGUGACGUGCAAUGAAUUCUUCUUCGACCGCAACCCGGGGGCGUUCAGGACCAUCCUGACCUUCCUGCGGGUCGGCAAACUCCGGCUCUUGCGGGAGAUGUGUGCGCUGUCCUUCCAAGAGGAGCUGCUCUACUGGGGCAUUGAGGAAGACAACUUGGACUGGUGUUGUAAAAGGAGAUACCUGCAAAAAAUGGAGGAGCUCACAGAGAUUAAUGAACGGGAGGAUGACCUCCUAGAAAAUGAAACAACAGGUGAAACAGUAGAGGAGACAAAAAUUGGUUUGUGCAUGAGAAAGUUGCAAGACAUGGUGGAAAGGCCCCAGUCUGGCCUUCCUGGAAAGGUGUUUGCGUGUUUGUCUGUUUUGUUUGUAACUAUUACAGCAGUGAACUUAUCCAUCAGCACCAUGCCUGACCUGAGGGAGGAGGAGGAAAAGGGUGAGUGUUCCCAGAUGUGCUACAAUAUUUUCAUUGUGGAGUCUGUGUGUGUGGCAUGGUUCUCCCUGGAGUUCCUGCUCAGAUUCAUCCAGGCCAAGAGCAAGUUCUCCUUCCUGCGGAGGCCCCUGACGCUGAUAGACAUAAUCGCCAUCCUGCCCUACUACAUCACCCUGCUGGUGGACACGGGCUCCGAGGGCUCCAAGAAGCCCAGCUCGGGCAACAUCUACCUGGACAAGGUGGGGCUGGUGCUGCGGAUCCUGCGGGCGCUGCGCAUCCUGUACGUGAUGAGGCUGGCGCGGCACUCGCUGGGGCUGCAGACGCUGGGGCUGACGGCGCGGCGCUGCACGCGCGAGUUCGGGCUGCUGCUGCUCUUCCUCUGCGUGGCCAUCGCGCUCUUCGCGCCCCUGCUCUACGUCAUCGAGAACGAGAUGGCCGACUCGCAGGAGUUCACCAGCAUCCCCGCCUGCUACUGGUGGGCCGUCAUCACCAUGACCACCGUGGGCUACGGGGACAUGGUACCCAGGAGCAUCCCUGGGCAGGUGGUGGCCCUGAGCAGCAUCCUGAGCGGCAUCCUCCUCAUGGCCUUCCCGGUCACCUCCAUCUUCCACACCUUCUCCCGCUCCUACCUGGAGCUGAAGCAAGAGCAGGAGAGGAUCAUGUACAGGAGAGCACAGUUCCUGCUGAAAGCCAAGUCUCAGAUGAGCAAUGAGUCACAAGGCAGCGAGGUUUUGUUCACCACUCUCUCUUCCGAGGCUAGGGACAAUGAAUGAAAUUUACGGUCCUGUUUCCCUUGCUGUCAUUGUAUCAGACUCCAUCUUUUAAUUCCCUCUGGAAGCACCUUACAAAGGUAAUCCUCACAUUAAAACGAAGAGAAGGAGCUCUAACCAGGACCUGAUGUGGUUUAAGAAGUCUGUUAUUAUGCUGUUCCUUCCUCCCCCCCAUGUAACGUAUAGGGCAGAACUUUUCACCGAGAUCAUGCAGUGGGAUUUAAGGAUUUAAAACUUCUCUGGCAACAACAAAAAAAUAGAGCAACAUAUAAUUAUGCACUUGACAGGCUGUUUUGCCAUUUGUAAUACACAUUUUUCCGACAGAAUCACAAUGUACAUAAUCAUUAAACAGGCUACC